CUGGUUGUGUGUGUAUAUGUUUGCUGGGAGUGGGAGUGGCGGUGGGUGAGACCAGAUCGAUGGGAAUGGACUCUCCUGUGAAUGGGAUGUGGACAGACGAAGAAUGCACUCAACAAACCGCCAUGCGGCCGUUCACAGCUGACCAUGGAUAUCUUCUUAAUGCUACGACUGUCGAAUCGCCAGGAGCAUGGAGUCAAUAGAAGCACAUCCGCCUCACACAGAAGUGGGCAGUGAGUGAGCCAGGUUGGAUGGUGUCGGUUUUCCUUGUGUGGUGCCCAUUGUACAGCUGUGAUGGGGCGGGUGCCUUGUCAUGUGGGCGGAUGGAUGGAUGGAUGGAUGGAUGGAUGGACGCCAGUGGACAGAGGGCGGUCUGGUGGUGCCAUCCAUGUAUGGACUGAAGCUCUGUGUGUGUCUUGCAAUGAGACACAUGUCCAGCUUCUUGUCGACAAGCGCCAGCUUUUUGGGUAGGCGAUUCCCUGGGAUGGUCAAGCAACAUGCAGUGAUGAUGCGGCCAUGGUCCUGCCUUGUCGUGCCUGAUGGCCGUCUCUCUUUCCCAACGGAGUCCUCCUCAACAGAUCAGUUCAUGUGUGUAGUAGCUAUAGUGUGGAUCAUGUGGUGUGGUGCGCUUAUGUUUGGUGAUGCGAGGCCUGCACACGAAAUUAUAAGCCCGUCGCGGAGUGUUCAUGCCUCCUCAAGCGGGUUGAGCCCGGCGAGAAAAACGAAAUCGGAGACGGAGACGGAUAUCUUUAACUUCAACUAAGUUUUAGAUCCAUUUCAGGCCACCGUGCUUCCCCGCCUCGUGGCGAGUGUGGUGGCCUGUGUGUGUGAUGUCUGUUGGCUCAGGUCUAUCUCGAUGUGUUCUCCAACCGAGAGAAGAUCGUCAAUUUCAUCGACACCGUCGCACACUCCCACGAGAUCCAGCUCAGCCAGGAGUUCCGCCACGUGCUCAUCUCAGCAAUGGACCCUGAGCCCUCGAGCAGGCCAUCCGUGUCUGAGGUGCGACAAACGACCCCAUGCAAGUCGAUGCAUCUCGCUUGUCCCCUGUCUGUCAAUGCAGCUCAAGGCGAUGCGCUUCUUCCAGCUGCAUUGGGAGCCGUUCAAGGACCAGGGGCCUCCGGUGGGCUCCCAGGUCUGGACGGUCUGCCGCCUGCCCGACCCCGACCCUCGCCGCCCCGGCUGGCCGCCUCGCAUCGCUCGACCUCACCGAGCAGAGGGCACCACCAGCACCGGUAGCGGCACCACCACCAUCACCACCACCACCACGGCAGCAGCAGGAGGAGGGGGCAGCACACAGACGAGACCACGCAACGACCGCAGCAGCGCUAUGCCGUAAGCAGAGAGACAGCCAUCAUUCCCUUGUGCACGUUCAUGGAGCUGUCUGUUUGCUGUGUGUUGUGUGCUGUGUGUUGUGUGUCAGGGGCGGUGGAUUGAAUCCAUCCGGACCCGUGGACCGCAAGGCCCUCAUACCACCUCCCGACACCAGCGACCGUGCCGCCCGUCCCCCAGCCUCACCAUCACCAGCACCAGUACCGCUAGCAGCAGCAGCAGCGGCAGCAGGAGGAGGGCGCACACAGAGCAUCGCACUCAUUAAUCGCAACACCACUGAUAGGUAAGCUCAGAGGCGCACGCAACUCACACAUUGCCACCGAUUGUCGCUUCUCGCUUCUCUUUCUGUGUUGAUCAGCGGCAGCGUGCACAUGGGCAUCUGCCCGCGUAGGGUGCUCAUGUUCAGGGCAUCCCUACUCCACGGUGACUUCUACAAGCCGAGCCUGAGUGGGUUCAGAUAUGCAUUAGCACCGUGGAUGGCGGGUGGUGUGGAGGAUGUGUCGUGUUGGUGUGCUGUGUUGUGUCGUGUGUGCAGGGGACGGUUUGGAGAGACCGCAGGGCUCCCGCCUGAGGUGCUGACGGGAAAGCCGUACGGGCAGGGCGUCGACGUCUUCUCCGGAGGUGAGCGGUUAAUGAACACGACACGACAGCUGCAGACAGUACACGGCCGAGAGCCACACGCGUUUAUUCGUCUAUGGGUUUCUCUGUUCUUUGUCUUGUUCAGUGGCUUCACACGCAUGGGGUCUGCCCAGCCCGCAUCCUCAUGUUCAAGGCACCCCUGCCUGACGGUGCUAGGGCCUCCACUACGCCGUGCUAGGGCGCUUCAAGUCGGCAGAGAGAUAGAAGCCAGCCAUGUGGAUGGCGGAUGGUGGAUGUGUCGUGUCGUGUGGUUUUGUGUGUGGUGUUGUGCAAGGUCGCCAUGGAGAAGUAUGCUUCAUGCCACCCGAGGUGCUCACCGGCAACUCAUAUGAGGCCGAUGCGGACGUCUUUGCUGCUGGUGAGCGGUGAAUGGACAACACAACACCACACGACAGCCGCAGACAAACACACGUGGGUGCCCUCUCGCUCGGUGCAGGGGCCAUAACGUUUGGUUUGAAGUUCGGCCAGACACCCUAUGAGAUGCUCGGCGAGCGGGUCAGCACAUACACGCAUUCACACCGAGAGCUGGAUACCCACGCAAAGCAUCCCUCUCUCCCUUCUCUCCCUCUCAGGCCUUCAUCGAGGUGUUCUCGGACGUGCAGAAGUCGGCCAAGUUCAUCGACCACGUCGCCCACCACUACAGCACCAACAUGCAGGUGCCGGUGGACGUCGACCUGCUCAACAUCAUGAAAGAUAUGCUGCAUCCAGUGCCCUGCCAGAGACCGUCGCCUGAAGAGGUAUGUGGGCAAACGAAUGGCUAUACGUUGCAGGUGUGUAUGCGUCCCUUCCUCCCUGCGUGUGUGAAUGCAGCUUCUCCGCCGGACGUUUUUCCAAGUGAUGCCCGAGCAGCUGAAUUGACGUUUGUUGGUCGAUCAGCAGCUGAAUUGAGGUGAGCUGUAUUGUGUCGUGGCCUGGGGCGAGCGACAGAUAUGAAAUCGGACAGAUGC